AUGGCCGGAAAUCGGCGAAAAAACAACAUGGAACCAUGUGAAUUGUAAGACAGGAGCGACUUGCGUAUUUAUUUUAACAGUUGUUUUUUUAUUAAAGGGAACCCGAUAGAAAUGUGUUGGUGUCUAUUCUAUGUGCACCAAUUGUUCAGAUCGAUCCCAAAAUGUCGAAAUCUGCCAUACUAACCAUCCAUCAAGCGUUGAGGAGAAGCUUCCAUAGUCUGGAAAACAACCAAAAAUUGUGGAAGAGCGUCUUAGCAGAGUGCAUCCCUCUGAUGGCAUCUCUCGAGAACUUGGCAGAGCAGUCGCAGGCGCUUUCCAACGUCCAGAUCUCCAACACGCCGCUCAAAGACUUUCCAGAAGUGGAGGAACUGCUGCGUUUCAAGCUCUCGCAAGCUAUGGAUACGGUCUUGUGCAAACUCCAUGAAAAUAUGGCUUCACUCCAGUCACUGAGAGACUCUCUGACGAACCAGGUCUCGACAGUCGUCCAGUUGUAUGAACAAAACACAGACACUCUGGAUCUGGUCACAGUAACCAAGCAUUCAGGCACUGUCCCAUCAGUCGUCGACAUGCUGGAGUGGCUGCAGGACGCAGAGCGUCACUAUCGACAACAAUUCGUGAGGAGGAAGACUCAGCUGCACGCACUCAGUUCAGGCAACCUCAACAUUUUGGCAACGGCUACCAAGAAAUGGAAAGAAUUGGACACUCCCGGCGCAGAGGAUCAAAUUUCAGAUACACUUUGCAAAGUGUCCUUCUUCGUGGAGUCGAGCUAAGCGGAGGGGAAACGGACACAACGCUCGCGCUCUGCGACGGCAUCGCAACGGCACGAGUGCGAGUAUCGGAAGAAACGAAUACAGAAUUGGGAGAUUUAUUCACCAGAUCGAUAACAAGAGAUAACAAUAGGGUCUUGUUUUGGAACAAUGAAAACAGCUUCAUUGUGUUUUCUUUUAUUGUCUCCCAAUGAAAUAUGUUUAAUCAUACGGCACACAAGAGGACAGGGACACACCCACACAGAGGCUGUAAAUGACAGGAAAUAACUUGUUAGCGAAACAUAACACAUUAAACAAGCAUCAUAGAAAUGGGGGUUGUUUUUUUGCAGAACACAAAAUAGGCAAACAUCAAUAUAGUCACAGAAUAAUUGAAUACCUUAUUUUUUUGUCAUUUUGCCAUUGUUUCCCGAAAGCCGGAAUGUCUUCUCUCUACACGUAUUCUUUAAGCGGGAGACCGGUCGACGUGAUGGUUUUGGGUAGGUUGGGAGCAGACGCGGGCGAAUUAGCAAAGCUGCGACCCGCGUAGCCCCUGCGGUACCUGCCGCCCCGCUGCGCCAGGGGGCACGUGCUGCUUAGCACAGCUCCGCCGAUCAUCAAAAUAACCGCGGCGGCCCAACCUAAAUAAAUGGCCUGCCCGAGCUCGCGUUUAUGCAUGACGGGCACGUUGGGGUUGUAGAAAUCCUGAAUGACCGUGUUAGCGGUCCAGGAAACUGGAAUGAGAACGCACAGGCCCGUCAGGAUGAAAAGAAUCCCACCGGAGAGCGCGAUGCUCGCCUUAGCUUGGCGGUCAUCUCCGGCGCAGGUGGUGCACUUCAUGCCGCAGCAGGACACGGUGCAGGAGAGCCAGCCCAUGAAAAUGGCCAAACACAUGAGGGCGCGUGCGGCCUGGAGGUCGGGAGGCAAGGCCAGCAUGGAGUCGUACGUCUUGCACUGCAUGUGACCGGUGGUCUGGUAGAUGCAGUUCAUCCAGAUGCCCUCCCACUUGAUUUCUGACGUCAGGAUGUUGCUGCCGAUAAAGGCCGACACCUUCCACUGAGGCAGGGCCGUGACGGCUAUCGCCAUGAUCCAGCCGGUCACGGCGCAGGUGAAGCUGAUGAGUUGCAUGCCGGUGUUGACCAUGGCGACGGCCGAGGCUUGGCCGCGGCGUCCGGAGCUUAGCGGCGGUUUUUGAAGGAUGGAAAUUGUUCUCUGGUCUUUGUCAAGUGUAUUUAUUGGCUCCCUAUCUGCACCCAAGUGACUUCUCUGAGCUCACAGUGUCCCCUUGCGCCUGGCAUCCAGUUGCUGCAUCGACCAAGCGUAAAUCUCCCCGUGCCCCCCCACCCCCCGACUUUCUCCUGGUAUUAGACAUCCAUCCGGUGAAAAGGAUCACAGUGCCACUCACUUUCUCCUCCUCAUUCCUGAGCUUGACUCAAUGCAUUAUUGAGUAGGCAAUAGCUGCGCGGCCACCUGUGGCAGCCCUCGGGUGCGGGAUUGAUGCGGGCACAGCGGAAUUGAAGUUCAGCAAAAGGUCUGGAAAUUGGUCUCAGCCCCGAUUUUGCUGGAGUGGAAUUUCCAAGCUGCCUUGUGUUUCAAGUUUAACAAGCAGACUUGGAGUGCGAAGCUUUACCUUGACGGGUCCGAUUCGCACCUCAUGUCAAGCAAGGUUAAAUCCGCCGCCCUUAUUUUGGGUAAAAAUAUCCACGUGGUCUUGUGAGCGAUUCCCAAAAGAAAAGAUCUUCAAGAAUGGUGGAAAACACGCAGCGUGGAUUUGUCAUCCAACGUCGUCGCUAUGCAGAUAAGCACUCUGGGCUCCGAGUCUUGAUGAAGCCACUUCAGCUGCCGCUCGGCUUUACCCCCCUCCCUACCCCAACCGCCUCGAAUGCUAACAGGGUAGUCCGAAAGGGUCAGAUUCGGUGUCGAAAUAGCAGGUCGAAUGGAAGAUCAAGUGUAACCUGCUGUCUUCAAAUGUGGGGGGCACAAUACUGACAGUGUCCCCCAUUCACACGGAUGCAUUGGGGAGGGGGGGGGGGGUAGAAGGGCAGGGGUGGGUAACAAAAGGAGGUAGAAAUGAAUGGAUGGUUGGUGGAUCGGUUGAUAACAUUGGGUCCUCGACAAAGGAGACGUACGUGCAGUUUCACGUCAUGGCACAUUUCUUUUUAAAAAAAAAAAGAGCAGGUCCAAGAGUUGCUCUUUUUUUUUAAACACCACAAUGAAAGUAUUAAGUCAUUUUGAAAAUAGCAAAAAGUAAAAACGUCGGCAGUUGUACCCUGACCAAAAAAAAAAAAAGGGGGGGGGGGGGCGGCGUUCAAGACCCUGCCGUGUGAUUUCUAUGCGAUUGUGAUGGAAUUGUUUUUUUUUAAGGGUAAAAUAUCCAACAUAAAAGGCAUUUUAAACUUUUUAAAUCAAUACUGUUCUUCUCCCCCACUUGCAUUACGUACACCAAACCUCCAUGCGCUCAUGAAUUAAAUAUGUCAUGAUGAAGAUCUGUGUUUCGGGUUUCCUUUCUUCUGUCGCACAGCUCACCGAGGUAACAGUGGUCAUGACAACAGGUUGGGACACAGGGAGGUGGGGGGGGGGGUCAAUGUGAGGAGGAGGUCUCUAUUGUGAGAUUUGUGGGCCGAAAACGCCCUCUUGUGACAAAAUGGAUGCACACAGAGGCCUGAUAGAGCAAAAAGAUCAAAAGACACAAUGUUACGGGCAUAAAAUACCAAUUUAUUACUUUGCACAUUAACACAAGAGUUCCCUGCAGGCUAAAAAAAAAAAACAAACAAAAAAAAUGUACUUGAGCAAUACCGUGUGAAUGCCCCGAUACAAGGGAGGGGGCUCUACAACAUGCCCCAGCUCAGCUCAGAAAGUGUUGGACAGCUCCAUCCACUGGAUGGAAGCAUUCCAAUACCUUCUAUUGCCAUUAGAGAACACUGACAAAAUUGUAGAGUAGAGCUAAGUUGACCCCCCCCCCACCCUUCAAAAAAAAACAAAGAACUCCAUUAAAGAUAAGUGAUAUAACAAAGUGAUCAUGGGAAUUGAACAGCUUUCUCAUGUUUUCUCCCCAUUUGGGACAGAAAUAACUUUUUAUUUCUAAUAUGCGACUUGUUAGGGGAUGGGGGGGUGUUGCCAUGGAGACAGGAGACUUUCCC